GGUUCCCUGGCACAGCUGUCCCCAUCGCUUCACCGUGUGCAUGUCCCCGACAAACCUGUUCCCAUCGCUUCACCGUGUGCAUGUCCCCGACAAAGCUGUUCCCAUCGCUUCACCGUUUGGUUCCAGAACAGACGUGCCAAGUACCGGAAACAAGAGAAACAGUUGGCCAAGUCGCUGAGUCCAGUCAUCCCCAGCUGCAACGCCAUGAUGCGCAACAUCUAUCCCACAAACCCCCGCGGCUACCCCUAUACGCCCACCGCCAACAUGAACAUGAACAACAUGGCUGCCAGGUACCCCCAGAUGAACCCCAGCUACCCGGCCUCCAUGGGCGGUAUGCACCAGUUCUCCCACAUGGGUGGCAUGCACGGAUCCAACAUGGCCGCCAUGAGUAUGCCCAGGCAAGUGCAGCAGUUUCCCAUGGCAACCGACUACGGACUGGAGCCGGCGGAAGACGACUGGUACAACAAGAGCCUAACCGCUUUACGCAUGAACAACUCACACAACGGUCCGUUAUCCAAUCAAAUUUUACCUUACCAAACACAGGUCUAG